CAAUGCAGAUAUUGUGCAGAGAAGCACAACACCAAAGAAUGCAUGAAGAAGCUAUCAGAUCCAAAGCCAGCACCGUUGUGUGUGCUGUGUAAGGGUCAACACACAGCAUGGAGCAGUGCAUGCCCCAGAAGAAGAAAAGAGCUGGCAAGGGUCGAGCAAGCACGGCAAAACCGACCUGCUUUCCACUAUGGAACAGACGAUUCAGGGCGUGCAACAGAGGGGGAACCAGCAGGAAACCAGAAAACAGCUGCCAUGCAGACAUUCAGCUUCACAGGAACACAGAACAGCAUCAAUAGCAGAGCAGACAACUCACAGGAGAGUCCAGCCUCUAGCCAGUCACACCCAUAUGACCUAAGGAGAACCGUGCAGCCUUCUACAAGGGCAGAUGGAGAAAGGUGGCAAACAGUAUGCAAGUGACAAUGGACACUUUCAGCACAAAAGGCCCCCCAAGAAGCAGGCGAGAGCUUAAGUAAUGGACAGACAUGCCAAGUCCUUGCAGAAAGUUCUACAAA